AUGCAUACCGUUUUUCGAAUUGAUGAAGUUCGAAAAAUUGAUAAGAAAAGUCCACUUUAUCAAGUGGACCUCAAACUUACGUCUGAUGAUGAUCAACAACUUCGCCAAUUAACCGACCGUAUACGAGAAGAAUCUUCAGGUAGCACUGGAUGGUAUCGAAUGGGUCAAUUGCUGCUCAAAAUUGGUCAAUUUGACAAGGCCGAAGAAUUGUACAUGGCACUACUAGAACAAGCAUCUGAUGACAGCGAUAGAGCACAUAUCUAUCAUAUGCGUGGAAUGAUGAAAAAUAACAAAGGGCAAUAUACAGAAGCAGCUUCAUUUUAUGAAAUGUCUCUUAAAAUUAAACAAAAAACUCUUCCAGAAGAUCAUCCUUCAUUAGCUCCUACAUAUAGCAACAUCGGUUUGGUGUAUAACAACAUGGGUGACUACUCGAAAGCACUUGAAUUUUACGAAAAAUCACAUAACAUAAAAGAAAAAGCUCUGCCUUCGAAUCAUCCCGAUUUGGCUACUUCCUACGCUUGCAUCGGUCUAGUGUAUAACAACAUGGGUGACUACCCGAAAGCACUUGAAUUUUACGAAAAAGAUCUCGAAAUCACGAAAAAAGUUCUGCCUUCGAAUCAUCCCGAUUUGGCUAAUUCCUACGGCAACAUCGGUCAAGUGUAUAACAACAUGGGUGACUACUCGAAAGCACUUGAAUUUUACGGAAAAGAUCUCGAAAUCGCGAAUAAAGCUCUGCCUUCGAAUCAUCCCGAUUUGGCUAUCUCCUACAAUAACAUCGGUGAAGUGUAUAGAAACAUGGGUGACUACUCGAAAGCACUUGAAUUUCACGAAAAAGCACUUAAAAUCUACGAAAAAGCUCUGCCUGCGAAUCAUCCCAAUUUGGCUACUUCCUACAACAACAUCGGUUUGGUGUAUCACAACAUGGGUGACUACUCGAAAGCACUUGAAUUUUACGAAAAAGCACUUAAAAUAAGAGAAAAAGCUCUGCCUUCGAAUCAUCCCGAUUUGGCUAGUUCCUACAACAACAUCGAUUUGAUCAAUGUAAAUAAACAUAAACAGUUGUACAAUUACGCAACCAAUUUGAAAAAAAAUGACACGAAGCAAUCGGAUUGUGAAACGGAACGAGAAAUCGUUACAAAUUUACGUGUUGAUAUACAUCAAGGACCAUCAACAAAAGAAGCAAUAUUUAACGGUGAAGAAAAAGUUGAAAAACAACAAGAAAUGAAUAUUAACCUAGAAGUACUGGAACAAGAACAUGAAAUGAAAUUAUGUGAUGAACACGAAGAAGAUUUACCAAGUUCAGAAUUGAAACAAGAAGAAGCAGCAAAAGAUGAAGAAUAUCAAUCAUUAUCAAAACAAAAGUUGGUUUUAAGUUAUUCACCAGUUAUCAAUCCUCGAGGUCGACCGCGUGGUAAGACAUCGUUGGUUUCUUAUACGCAAAAAGACAAUAAAAUUGCUCCAGAAAAAAAUAAUAAAAGAACUUAUAAUCAAGUUUCACCUGAUCUUAAAACAUAUAAAUAUAAACGUAAUAAAAAAAUCGAAUCUGUUCGGGAUGUGUACGAUAACACAAUGUGGCUAACCGAUUUACAUAUAUACUUAUUCUUUGAAUUACUACAUAAACGAUUUCCAAAUAUUAAUGGCUUAUGCGGUCCUGCACAAAUACAUUUAUACACAGGUUCAUUAGAAAAUUCGAUCUUUAUUUUCAAUGCAAACAAUAAUCAUUGGUUAACAAUUGCAAAUUUAGGCUCUGAUAAUAUUUGGAAAAUUUAUGAUUCUCUAUCUUAUCCAAAAGAAUCAUUAGUUAAAUUUUUUCAAGACAUAUUACCUGGUAAAGAGAGAGUUGUUUUAUCAUUUGAAAAUGUACAGCAACAAGUUGGUGGUAAUGAUUGUGGGUUGUUUGCAUUGGCUUUUGCCACGUCUCUUUGUUAUGAAGAUAUUCCAUCAUCGUUAUUUUAUGAUCAGAAAUCUUUACGUAAUCAUUAUGUUAAUUGUAUUGAAAAUAAUGAAAUACAACGAUUUCCUUCAAAGCCUAAAAGAGGAAGUACUAGAAACAAUUGUAAAUUAGUUGAUCUCUAUCUGAAUUAG